AUGCCUUCUUUCACCACUGUCUUCGCCAUCGGCGUCUUCGCCUACAGGGCCAUGGCUCAAACCUCGAGCUUCAACCCGCCCGUCACCUUCGCCAAUGUCACGGUUGGACAGGUGCAGACCAUCGGGUGGACUCUCGGCGACGGGACGCCGGUCUCUCUCUUCCUGGGUAACACCAGCUGGAACAUUGGAAUCUUCGAAAACAAACCUGCCACUGACGCGACCUUUGACUGGACCGUUGCGAUCCCUGCCGACUUCGUUGCAGGCAACUAUGCCUUGGCUCUGGUUCAAAGCGGAUCGAUGGACUUCUCCCCCUUGUUCAGCGUCAUUAUCCCUCCUGGAUACGUGCCGCCAGUGUCGACAUCUUCGAGCAUGCCUCCAAUGACGGCGACGCCGAUGCCCAAUGCCACCAUGACGGACGACCCGAUCCUGAUCUCGGCUUCUGUGACACCUGCUCCGAUUGUGACUGUUACUGUCUGGGACCCAGAAUGUGGCUGUCACAAGACCUCGGAGAUGCCGGCUGCGGCCGUCGCGACCGGCUCAGGGGUUCCAGGCACCCAAUAUACCUGGUGGGACCAUGAGUGCGGAUGUACAAAAACAGCCAUGGCUCCUGCUCCCACCACGGAUAUGGGCAGCAACAACUACACUGCUCCCACUGGUGGAAACGUGCCAGUCGCGCCCUCGGCUGCUCCUCCCUCGGCCCCUGCGCCCGCUGCCCCUUCGCAGUCGGUGUACAUGGGUGCUGCGGGCAGACUCGCUGGAUCAUCGGUGGCUGUCCUGGGAUUCAUCGCUGCUGGAUUGCUGGCAUAA